AGCCGGGUCUAAGAUGGCAGCGGCGGCGGCGGCGGCGGCGGGGCCGGGCACGGGAGUCGUGGGGGUGACGGGCACGGGCGUCGCGGGGCCCUGCGCGGCCGUGUCCGUGUUCCCCGGCGCCCGCCUCCUCACCAUCGGCGACGCGAACGGCGAGAUCCAGCGGCACGCGGAGCAGCAGGCGCUGCGCCUCGAGGUGCGCGCCGGCCCGGACGCGGCGGGCAUCGCCCUCUACAGCCAUGAAGAUGUGUGUGUGUUCAAGUGCUCAGUGUCCCGCGAGACAGAGUGCAGCCGAGUGGGCAAGCAGUCCUUCAUCAUCACCCUGGGCUGCAACAGCGUCCUCAUCCAGUUCGCCACCCCCAACGAUUUCUGUUCCUUCUACAACAUCCUGAAGACCUGCCGGGGCCAUACCCUGGAGCGGUCGGUGUUCAGCGAGCGGACGGAGGAGUCCUCCGCCGUGCAGUACUUCCAGUUUUAUGGCUACCUGUCCCAGCAGCAGAACAUGAUGCAGGACUACGUGCGGACGGGCACCUACCAGCGCGCAAUCCUGCAGAACCACACAGACUUCAAGGACAAGAUUGUUCUUGAUGUUGGCUGUGGCUCUGGGAUCCUGUCAUUUUUCGCCGCCCAAGCUGGAGCGAGGAAGAUCUACGCGGUAGAGGCCAGCACCAUGGCCCAGCACGCAGAGGUCUUGGUGAAGAGUAACAACCUCACCGAUCGGAUCGUCGUCAUCCCUGGGAAGGUGGAGGAGGUCUCCCUCCCCGAGCAGGUGGACAUUAUUAUCUCGGAGCCCAUGGGCUACAUGCUCUUCAAUGAGCGCAUGCUCGAGAGCUACCUCCAUGCCAAGAAGUACCUGAGGCCUGGCGGAAACAUGUUCCCUACCAUUGGUGAUGUCCACCUCGCGCCCUUCACCGAUGAACAGCUGUACAUGGAGCAGUUCACCAAGGCCAACUUCUGGUACCAGCCAUCCUUCCAUGGAGUGGACCUGUCGGCCCUUCGAGGCGCCGCUGUGGACGAGUAUUUCCGGCAGCCUGUGGUGGACACAUUUGACAUCCGGAUCCUGAUGGCCAAGUCUGUCAAGUACACAGUGAACUUCUUAGAAGCCAAAGAAGGGGAUUUGCACAGGAUAGAAAUCCCAUUCAAAUUUCACAUGCUGCAUUCCGGGCUGGUUCAUGGUCUGGCUUUCUGGUUUGACGUCGCAUUCAUUGGCUCCAUAAUGACCGUGUGGCUGUCCACGGCCCCGACAGAGCCCCUGACCCACUGGUACCAAGUCCGGUGCCUGUUCCAGUCACCACUGUUCGCCAAGGCCGGGGACACGCUCUCAGGGACAUGUCUGCUUAUUGCCAACAAAAGACAGAGCUACGACAUCAGUAUUGUGGCCCAGGUAGACCAGACGGGCUCCAAAUCCAGUAACCUCCUAGAUCUGAAAAACCCCUUCUUCAGAUACACAGGCACGACACCGUCGCCCCCGCCUGGCUCCCACUACACGUCCCCUUCGGAGAACAUGUGGAACACGGGCGGCAGCUACAACCUCAGCAGUGGGAUGGCCGUGGCUGGGAUGCCGACCGCCUAUGACCUGAGCAGUGUUAUCGCCGGUGGCUCCAGCGUGGGCCACAACAACCUGAUCCCUCUAGCCAACACGGGGAUUGUCAAUCACACCCACUCCCGGAUGGGCUCCAUAAUGAGCACGGGGAUUGUCCAAGGCUCCUCCGGCGCCCAGGGCAGCAGUGGCGGCAGCUCCAGUGCCCACUAUGCGGUCAACAGCCAGUUCACCAUGGGUGGCCCCGCCAUCUCGAUGGCCUCGCCCAUGUCCAUCCCAACUAACACCAUGCACUAUGGGAGCUAGGCCCCUCCAGCGGGGAAUGGACUGACAGCACCAGGAAAC